AUGGCCACGCUGUGCUCGUUGUGCGCUGAUCCGCGGCGAGGAAGGCGACUCAAGAUCCGAGCUGCAACUUCGGCGUCAGGUAGCAGCCUGCGGGUAGUAGCUGAGCAGAGAGCCGCAAAUAAGCGAGCAGCCACUCCGUACCGUCGCCCUGACCCUGUAACUCUUAGAAUCCAACUCAGUGCGGAUGGACGAGCUUAUCCCUCACGCGAGGGCUCCGGGUGGGAAAAUAAGAUCACCAGAAAGCGCAAGAGACCAGCGACACUGACGACCACUUUCUCGUUCAUACCCUCUCAAGCUGGCACGGAUCCAGCGCACCAACUCGAACUCGGAGGGCACAUAUCAGCUUCGCCCCGUGUUGACGAUACUGCAAACAACCUUAGGACCACUGAUAGUCUCAUCCCCGAGAUCAAGACGCUCACGUCGAGCCCUCCUGCUUCACCGAAUCUCGUCUCGUCACCGAAUCGUCUCGAUGAACUCGAACAAGAAACCCCUCCGAAGCGCUCUCAGCAGGUCCCUCUCCAGGCUCGAGCUCAGGCACAAACUCAAUCGCACGCUCACGUCUCAUCCGACGACUCUAUGCUCACCGUGGAGUGCUUCCUCCAGCGCUCGACCGAAAAGCCCGCGCCCGCGCGGAACUACCGCAGAAAACGAACUCGCAAACCCACUCAGGCUGCUGCUGCUACCGCCGCUACCAACGGCGAUGACGACGAACUUAGAGCCUCCUUUGCUCACGACGCAGAACCCAGCAGCGGCAGCUUGAUGGAAGACAUCUCUUCGGACCCUAUACCCAUGCUACCACCUCCCGAACCAUCUAAGUCUCCCGUCCGUCCCGCAAAACGCGGACGUAAACACAAAUCGCGCUCCUCUGGAAUAACUCGUUCGCUAAGACGAGCUGCGAUACUCUCAGGCGGCAAGCCCGGCGCCCUUCUGCGCAGCGCAUCUCAGGAACCCAGCUCGCGGCCUCCUCUCGAGUUCGUACCCGCGAACAAGUUCAGCACGCCCGAGCGGCCGCGCGCGAAACGGCACGCGCCGAAGCUGCAUCGCCGGAGAACGCAGUUGCCGCCCACUACUAGUAUUAUGUCGUCGUCCAAGGAACGUGCGGAAAGGCCUUGUUUUCCUGUGACAGCUUGGAAUGCAUCUUACUGUGCCGGUUCUGGCUCUGGCUCUGUCUCUGGUUCGGGCUCUCGGGGAGUCUCUCAGCUUCGAUCUGCCCGUCCGAACGCUUCGUUCUCUCAGGCUCAGGCUCAGGCUCAGGUGCAGACGAUCCAGCACGUGGCGACUCGGACGACCGACCGCCGGCCCCUCGCGUUUGUCGCUGCCCAAGACGCCGAGCAAGCCUACACGGCCAAGUUUCGCUCUCAGUUUGGACUACCAUCCUCGACGCAGCGACGACCGGCGGCGACACUCCAACCAUCCCAAAUGCCAACGAAAAUCGAAUAUGCCGAUGCGCCCGGCUUGGCGUCGCGCGCUACUGCUCCUGGAACUGGAACUGGACGACGACUCCCCUUCGAUCCUGGGCGUAGACCCUCGAGCGGAUUUCCCCGUGCAGCAGUGGCAGCCGCUUCGCCUUCCAUCGCCGCGUCCUCUCCUGGCGUCGAGCUCCUAGCAGCCUCCUGCGGCAUGGAAAGUAAACAGCCCAUUCUCUCACCGAUCUCAUCACAGCCCUUCAAAGGACACGGUUCUCCCGUGAUAGACGACGACCCACGCAUCGAUAUCACAGCCGCAGGGCGAGCGACUCCGAAGCCCGCUCGUGCAUUCUCGUCGUACCUCCCGGAGCUCAUGCAGACCGCGCGAAACGCAACGCAUAGCGCAGCUCCCCGAGUCUGA